AGUCUGCGUUUAUUUAUCAAACAUAAUAAAUGAUCAAUUUUAAAACCUGUUGAUUCCAGAUGCGGCGAAUUUGGGACUUGGAUUUUCAACAUUGAAUAAAUAAGAAACGGCGACUUAUACCUCCGAAAUCAAGAAAAAUUUGACAUUUCAAAUCAUAGAGAGAGAAAAUUAUAUCUCAUUGCAUCCCAUAAAAUUACAUUGUGUGGCAUAGUCUAAAAGGAAUCGCCCUUAAAUAGAAGAUAGGGAAGAAAUAUCUGAGGCUCACUCUCGCUAGAUAGUAAACUAGUCAGGAAUAAGCACGAGAAGAAGGUAACCUGUAAAGUGACGAAAGCAUUGAUGGUAUACAAAACCUUCGUAGAAAAGAUCCUAACGUAGAAUUACAAGGCGAUAGUGAGAACAAUCAUCACGUUUGAUGCAGGUAUUCUGGGACACUGCAACUGGUAUAAAUUAUAAUAUCUAAAAGCUGCCUGAGAUUAAAGAUCUCCCAUCUUUUAAUGUAUUAAAAGAAAGUAUAACAAAAAACUUUGCUGAAAAUGUUUAGAAAAGGAUUCAUCGGAGAUAGUCCUCCUUCCCUCCCCUCAAACAGUGAUCUAAGACAUGUCUGAAUACUGAAGACGUUUAUUUUUGAGAAAACAUUUCACUUCGAAUUAAGAUGUGGGAGCUAAUUUUCCUAUUCAUAUAUCUCCCAACAUUUAUUCUAAUUUAUACUUGGGCUCAUAUUCAAUACAAUGUUCAUUUUUAUUUUUUGUAAGUAAUAAAACAAAAAAGAUGUAGCUGUAAAUGACAUAUAAUAAAUGGACACAAAUACCAUUAAAUGAUACACUCCAAAACGUCGGAUAGAACGGAUAGAGUUGUACAGUGCCAAAACUAGACACUCGUAUCACAGACAGAUUAUCAUUUUGUCCAUUAGACAAGAAGCCCUUAGAUCUUUGCGCUUUAGUGGUAGAAGAUUGGGAUGGCCUAGACAGACAACGUAAAUAAUAAGCUAAGUAACAAGAACAAGUUUAUUCUUCAUUUGCUUACGAGACACUCUGGACAGGAGGGAAAUAGCAGACAUGGUAAAGAGGAUGUGGAUAAACUAUUCAUAGAACCUGGAAACUUUUAUGAAAUCGGCAACAUAAGAAGAAAGGCAAGACUUGAAAAGAAAAUAGAUGAGAUUCUGUUGCUGAGACAAUCUACAGGGGUUGAUAUAUAAUUAAGAAUAAUAUAUGAAUAAUAACAAGAUUCUUGUCGGGACACUUGGGACAAUGAAAGUUGUUUAAUAGAAGUAGAGGAUGCAGAGUGCAGAUUCUGCUACGUAGAAGACGAAAUCUCUAGGCGUAUAUUUUUUUCCUCAAAAUUAUCAAGUUACUGAACUGAUCAACAAAAUUGUUUAUAUCUAGGCAAUAAUGGUGAUGUUAAGGGGUGAGGAUGGAUCUACAUCAAUACAUGAAAUUUAAAAAUAAAAUAUUCCAAUAAAUUUCUCUGGAAUAUGAUAAGGAACAUCAAAGGACCAAUCAAUGAAUACAUCCACACGAAAACAAUAACGUUAAAAGAAUGGGAAAGGUAUUUCCAUGAACUCUACGGUGACAUAAUAACAAGCCAAUCCACAGAACAGAAACAAGAAAAUAUAUAUGAGGAAGGAGAAGACAUCCAACAACAAUUAAUAUCAAAAGACAAAAUUGAAGCAACAAUGCUCAAGAUGAAAAAUAGGAAUCAUAUCGAAAUCAUAAAAGAAGUCAAAACGGCAGGCAGAGGAUACAGAAUGGGAAAACAUGAGUUUAAGAUAGUUUGCUACGCUGAUGACGCGGUUGUGAUAUCUGAAGAUGAGGAUAAUCUGCAAAAACUUCUACACAGAUUUGAAACAGUUGCAGGAGAAUUCAAUAUGAUCAUAUCGAAACAAAAGACACAAUCCUUGACAAUAGCGAGAGAACCAAGAAGAUGCAAAUUGGCAAUUUAUGAUAAAAGUGUAGAGCAGGUUAUGUCCUUUAAAUAUUUAGGUGUUAACAUCACGAGCAAAAGGAACUUGAAACAAGAAGUCAAAACGCAAACAACAGCAGCAUCUAGGAUAUCAGGAUUCCUUCGAACCGUGAUAUGGAGGAAUAAAUUUUUAAGUAUCGAAAGCAAAACACGGAUAUAUAAAACUUGUGUCAGACCAGUAAUGACAUACGCCAUAGAAAUGAGGGCGGAGACUGCAACUACUAAACGGAUUCUUAGAACAACUGAGAUGAAGACAUUACGCUCAAUCACAGGGAAAACACUAAGAGACAGAAUAAGGAGCAAUGAAAUCAGAAGAAUGUGUGACGUUCCGGAUAUAGUGAGAUGGGCCAGAACUAGAAGAAGAGCAUGGAGAGAUCAUGUCAAUAGAAUGAACAACGAUCGACUGGCGAAAAUCGCAAAGGAAGAGAGACCCAAUACAAGUAGACCGCCUGGAAGACCACCAAAGCGCUGGUAUGAGAGCUGGUCCUCGCAGUCACAACUUAGGCUGCCUCUUUGAAAAC